AGAGGAAACUCUCGACUCUAGUACAUGUUCAUGUUCGUGUUAUAGAACCAUCGGUCGGUGUCUGUCGGUGUGAGGGUUAAGGCUCUCAACUCUCGUCUCUCUCUGCAAUCAGGGUCGCUAGUACAUGGAGACCAGCACGCUCUUUCAUGUUCUUUCCAUUUUUCUUCUCCUAUCAGAUCUUUUUGCUGUUGCAAGUGCAAACUCCGAAGGUGAUGCUCUGUACGCGUUCAGAAGAGCUGUGAAAGACCCAAAUAACGUUCUACAGAGUUGGGAUCCCACUUUGGUGGAUCCAUGUACAUGGUUUCACGUUACCUGUGAUGAUGAUAAGCGGGUUAUCCGACUAGACCUCGGGCACGCAAAACUAUCUGGGCAUUUGGUUCCAGAGCUGGGGAGACUCCAUCGCCUUCAGUUUCUAGAAUUGUACAAGAAUGACUUGGUGGGUCCAAUACCAAAGGAAAUUGGAGACCUCAAGAACCUGGUUAGCUUGGGUCUCUACCAUAAUAACCUCACUGGCUCCAUCCCUCCCACCCUCUCCAACCUCUCCAAUAUCAAAUUCUUGCGACUCAACAGCAACAAGCUCACAGGAAGAAUACCAAGGAAACUCACUAAACUGCCAAACCUCAAAAUCCUAGACCUAUCAAACAAUGAUCUUUGCGGUACCUUCCCCACAUCUGGCUCCUUCUCCAAGUUCUCUGAAGAAAGUUUCCGGAACAAUCCAAGACUUACAGGACCAGAAUUAAUGGGAUUCGUCAGAUAUGAUAUUGGAGGAAGCUGCAAAUGAAAGAUUAUAUCUACCAUAUAACGACCUGAUGGAAACCAAUCCUCGUGCAAAUGGCGUCAUAGGAAAUUUCUAUUUUCCUUAUAUCCGUUCCUAAAUGACUAGCUUGUACCAAACUACCAAUACUAUGAGUAUGCAUUUGAAUUAGGACAUCAGCGAUCCUUUUCUCGGUCUCCGAUCUCUACAGCUAGUAUGGAUUGGUUUGAGAUGUCCACUUGUAAUAUACAUAGAGAUAGGAUAUUGUGACACCCAAGUUAUGUUACACCCACGUG